UAGAUUUUGAGAUCCGGUGUCGAAAUUUUUUAAAGUGGUAGGGGAUGCAUUUCGAGGUUAUAUAAUGUUGUUUAGAAUCAUAUAUGACCACUAGUCGGUUACUUAAAGGCAUGUGGUGGCUUUGAGUUAAUUAAGGGAGGUGUGUUCGUAAAAUGUUAAAUUGACAAUUUUAAAUGCAAAGUGAAUUGUUCCAACCAUCCAAAUGUCCUCUCGAGGCGUCAUGGGUCAAUGGGAAGCAUCUUGACCAAAUUCCUUUUUGGGUAAAAAAAAAAAACGAAAAAUGUCCAAAAUUAAAGGCUAUUAUCCACGCUUUCGGGUCAAUUUCGAAAAAUUUGGGACCUGGUAUCGAAAAUUCAAGGGAUCGUAGGAAUGCAUCAUGGGGUCCUAAAUGUUGUUUGAAACCACAUAAAACCAUUAAACGGUCACAUAAAGAUCUAUGAUGACCUUGGGUUGUUUUAAGUCAAUUGUGUAUGUGCAUAAUGAUCGGAUAAAUAGAACUUAAUCCAAAGUACCCGUCUAGUAGUCUACCACUCAUGAUAAUUUUCAUUAGAUUAUGAAUAUUUUUUUUUUUUUUGAAUAAAGAUUAUGAAUAUUGAUAUAUAAUUAAUUAAAACUCUCAACUUCUUAUCUUUAUAAAUUUUGGCCAUGUCUCACACGUUCUUUUACUCUACAACUCACUCCACUCCACCACCUUCCUUAAAAAUCGAUUUUUUUUUUUUAGCAUAAACUUUACCAAAUUAAAAACAUAAAUUAUAAAUCUGUACAAAAAAAAAUAUUCUCAACUUAAUUUUCAGAUGCAUUUCUUUGUUUUUCAAGCUUAUUGCAGUAGCAAAGAUGGAGAAGCAGAGAAGUUGCUCAUUUUGGAAAUCCACUAAAUUUAUGGUUAUUUCUCUAACUCUUUCUAUCUGUUUAGUGUUUUUUUCAUUCUUUUCUUUCUGGGUUAUGCGAGCUUCUCCAUUGAUUCACCAAGAAGCAUAUGUUCUAAGUUUAAGCUUUAAUUCCUUAAAUCUUCAAUCUUUGUCAGUUUCUAGUACAAAUUCAUCUGAUUUUAAUCUUAAUAAUACUACUAAUUUGAAGAAAACCCAGUUACAAAAACCUCAAAUUUCAUCUGGGUUUAUUGUUAAUAGUUCCAUUGAAGUGACUAGUAGUAGAAAUUUUACUGUUUUGGGUAAAAAUUUCUCAGUUUCUAGAGUGAAAGUUGUGAAUUUGGGGGAUACCCAUUUGAGUGAACUUCAAAAUUCAUCUGAAUUUGUGAGAUCUUCUAGUUUUAAGGAUGGAAUUGGUGAAGUUACUACUGAUGGAGUGGUAGAAAAUGAAGUUAGUUGGGUUAAAAAUGAGUUGAAUUUGACUAAAGUUGGUAAAAUUGAUGAGGAGAUUGAAGAGAAGAAGGGUAAAAAAUGUGAUGUUUCCAAAGGGAGGUGGGUGUUUGAUGAUAGCUACCCAUUGUACACAAAUUUCUCAUGUCCAUUUAUAGAUGAAGGCUUUAAUUGCCAAGGAAAUGGGAGGUGGGACAAAGAUUACAUGAAGUGGAGAUGGCAACCUCAAGAUUGUGACAUUCCAAGGUUCAAUGCAACAAAUAUGCUGGAAUUGAUUAGAGGAAAGAGGCUAGUCUUUGCUGGUGAUUCAAUUAAUAGGAAUCAAUGGGAAUCAUUGCUUUGUUUAUUGACGAGUGCUGUUAAAGAUCCCACUAGGGUGUAUGAGACACGGGGUCGAAGGAUUACUAAGAAUAGAGGGGCUUAUAGUUUCAAAUUUGUGGAUUAUCAGUGCACAGUUGAAUUCUAUGUGACCCAUUUCUUAGUGCGUGAAGGCAAGGUGAGGAUGGGCAGGAAGCGUAAGGAAACUUUGCGAAUUGAUAGCAUAAAUAGAGAUUCAGCAAAAUGGAGAGGAGCUGAUAUCUUGAUCUUUAACACUGGAAAUUGGUGGACUCAUUUCAAGACAAAAGCAGGGAUUAACUAUUACCAGGAAGGUAAGCAAGUUUAUCCACACCUUGAUGCUAUAGCAGCUUACAAAAAAGCUCUUCUGACGUGGGCUACAUGGGUCGAUAGAUAUAUAAAUCCUCACACAACCCAGGUUUUCUUUCGAAGUACAGCACCAGCUCAUUUCAGAGGAGGGCAAUGGAAUACUGGUGGGCAUUGUAGAGAAGCAAGGAGGCCACUAAAUGAAAUGUACAUAGACAAUCUUGAUAAAGAUCAUAUUGCUCGGGAGGUCAUCAAUACGAUGAAAACUCCUGUUACAUUUGUGAAUGUAACAGGAUUAUCGUCAUAUAGGAUAGAUGGUCAUCCUUCCAAGUAUGGGAAAAACCCAGGAAAGAAGGGAUCGUCAGAAGAUUGCAGUCAUUGGUGUCUUCCCGGUGUUCCAGAUGCUUGGAACGAGCUGAUUUAUCAUCAGUUACUUAUAAAACAACAGAAGAAUAUGUAUGCUAGGUGAUGAGCAUUAGAACAGUAUUAUUAUAGGCGUUCACACAUUCUUUGAUUAACUUUUUACAUUUGAUAUCUGCUAUUAGAUACUUAGAUUCAGAAUUUUUUGUAAUCAAUUGUAAUGAAAGCGGGAAACAAUGUAUGCUAUUGACUAGUGUAAUACUUGUAAUAACACGAUAUUGUAUGGUUAAGGGAAUCAAGAUUGAUAGCAAGUAUGUAAUAGAGUAUCAAUUUACAACGGAUUGUAAUAAGAUUUGAUGGAACUAACUUGUA